AUGGCUAGGGGGUUAUCAGACACAGGAUUGGAGCUGGCAUUGACACUAGGAUGUGGAUUGACUUUUGGAUGCCAAAUGGUCCAAUUUGUGAGCCUAUCAGUGAUGGAUAUUCUUCAACUUGACACAAGUGUCAAAGUUGAUAGUCUAAUAUCCAACUCACAAUGGACAAUUCCAGCUUCCCUACAAUCUUUUCCCUUUUUCCUCUCUAAAUCUUUCACUACACAGCUCCAAAGCCUCCCCCUACCAUCACUAGUUCAUGAUUCAACUGAAUGGCUUCCAAGUUUACCUCUGGGAUUUUCUCAUAAACUCACUAUGGAAUACUUUUGUCCACCCUCACUGUCUUUUACUUGGCAUAAGUUAGUCUGGUUCAAGCAUUGCAUCCCUAAACACAGUCACAUUUUCUGGUUGGCAGUCAGAGAAAGAUUUUACACUCUUGAUACAAAGCCAAUGCUACACAAACAUUACACUAAUGCAUGUUAUCUUUGCCUUUCUGAUUGGGAAUCAAUUGAUCACCUAUUCUUCAAGUGCAAGUUCAGUCGAGCAAUAUGGGAUUUCUUUCAAAAUGUUGCUGGAUUCUACAUUAGGCCUGAUUGUUGGAAAGAACUAAUUCUUUGGUGUUCAUCUCUUUGGAGCAAGGAAGGUUACACAAUUCACAAACUAUUGCUCUCUGCUGCUGUUUACUACAUUUGGCUUGAAAGAAAUGCUAGAGCCUUCAGGAACAAAACAUCUAAUGCUCCUCAUACCAUUAAUCUCAUUAAGAGCUGCAUCAGAGCAAGGAUUGCAUCACUGGUUCUGAAGAGUGGAGUUAAGCUGAAGCAAAAAGGAUCACUGGAGGAUAUACAGAAGAUGUUCUAG